AUGUCUUCUGCUCUAGACAUACUUGAUCUCGUCGCCAGUGCCUCAAACAUCCAAACUACAAGCUUCGACGUCAUGUUGGAAGAUAGACCUGAAUUUACCUACCCAAGCUACCUGAUCACAGUCAGUGAAGUUGGUGGUCCAUUCUCUGUACAACUUCCCGCCACUGCAAAUCGUGAUGGCGGUAUACUGACUGUCAAUGCCGUCGGUCUUACAGCGGGCACGGAAUAUAAUGUAAAGAUCCAAGGUGUGACCAGUCUUGGGCAGCUUGAAGAUCAAGUAACUUUAAACGAAUUUACAAGACCGAAUCCACCUAUAAAUGGCCGCUUCUCAGAAGUAAAUGGAGCUACAGUUUUUCUUGAAUGGAAUCCCCCUGCUGAUGGGCGACUAGAUGGGUACAUAGUGGAACAUGGUACCGAAACUCAGGAUCCUACUACAUUUACACAGGCUGUACUUCCCCUUGGUCAGACCAGUUAUGCCGUCUCAGGACUCAAUCCUCUCAUUCCCUACGUCAUAGGACUGGUUUCUUACCGGGAUUCAACAGAUACCUUCAGUGAUUUCGCAGAGCUUCUUCAAGAAGGCAAUUCUAAUUUGGUAAUAAAUCGAGCUGAUAAUGAAUGUGCCAGUAGGCCAUGUCAGAACGAUGGCCAGUGCUUUGGUGAAUCAGGAGGUAGAUCUAGAUGUGAAUGCAUCAACGGUUUCCGCGGUACUAACUGUGAAACAGCCACAGAUGAAUGUGCCAGUGAACCAUGCCAAAAUGGAGGAACUUGCUUCGAUAUUACAAACGGAUACAUAUGUAGUUGCUUUGCUGGGAUAACUGGACUGCGCUGUGAGAUAAGACCUAAUACAUGUGCUACCAGUCCUUGUCUGAAUGGUGCAACAUGUGUGGAUGAAUUUACAAUGUUCUCAUGCUCCUGCUUACCAGGUUUUAUCGGUAAUUUGUGUGAAACAAAUAUCGAUGACUGCUUGCCUACCGACCCCUGUUUAAACGAUGGCACCUGUAUAGAUUUGGUCAACGAGGUCUUUUGUGUAUGCCUGAACGGUUUUUCGGGUACAAAUUGUGAAAUAGCACGGCGGUUCAGAAACGCACACGCUCAAGGAAAGAGCCAAGUGACGCUAGUACAGAUGCCAACCCGUCGGUUGAACUUCGACCUUUACCUCUAA